CCUCGUUUCAACAAGAACUUUAUGGCUCCCGGAAGUGCCUCCUCCCAGUUCUUUCCCAGCCUCACACCCGUGGGCUGCAGUUGGAGUGAUGGCGGCUGCAGCCGCUGGACCUGGCCCGGGGUCUGGAACUGGGGACUCUCCGGAGGGGCCCGAGGCGGAGGCCCCGGAGCGUCGGCGGAAGGCGCACGGGAUGCUGAAGAUUUACUACGGUCUCUCGGAGGGGGAGAGCGCGGGGCGCCCCGCAGGGUCGGACCCCCUGGACCCGACGGAUCUCAACGGGGCACACUUCGACCCGGAAGUGUACCUGGACAAGCUGCGUCGGGAAUGCCCCCUGGCCCAGCUGAUGGACAGUGAGACAGACAUGGUGCGACAGAUCCGGGCUCUGGACAGCGACAUGCAGACCCUGGUCUAUGAGAACUACAACAAGUUCAUCUCAGCCACAGACACCAUCCGGAAGAUGAAGAACGACUUUCGGAAGAUGGAAGACGAAAUGGACCGGCUGGCCACCAACAUGGCGGUGAUCACGGACUUCAGCGCGCGCAUCAGCGCCACCCUGCAGGACCGCCACGAGCGCAUCACCAAGCUGGCAGGGGUCCACGCGCUGCUGCGGAAGCUGCAGUUCCUCUUCGAGCUGCCCUCGUGCCUCACCAAGUGUGUGGAGCUGGGCGCCUACGGGCAGGCGGUGCGCUACCAGGGCCGCGCGCGGGCCGUGCUGCAGCAGUACCAGCACCUGCCCUCCUUCCGCGCCAUCCAGGACGACUGCCAGGUGAUCACGGCUCGCCUGGCUCAGCAGCUGCGGCAGCGCUUCAGGGAGGGCGGCUCUGGAGCCCCAGAGCAGGCAGAGUGCGUGGAGCUGCUGCUGGCCCUAGGCGAGCCUGCGGAGGAGUUGUGUGACGAGUUCCUGGCCAACGCCAGAGGGCGGCUGGAGGCCGAGCUGCGGAGCCUGGAGGCAGAGCUGGGGCCCUCCCCUCCCGCUCCCGACGUCUUAGAGUUCACCGAUCACGGGGGAAGUGGCUUCGUGGGUGGCCUCUGCCAAGUGGCCUCUGCCUACCAGGAGCUGUUUGCAGCCCAGGGCGCGGCGGGUGCCGAGAAGCUCACAGCCUUCGCCCAGGAGCUGGGUGGCCGCUACUUUGCGCUAGUAGAGCGGCGGCUGGCUCAGGAGCAGGGUAGCGGGGACAACUCGCUGCUGGUGCGGGCACUGGACCGCUUCCAUCGGCGCCUGCGGGCGCCUGGGGCUCUGCUGGCCGCUGCGGGGCUGGCUGAGGCUGCCACGGAGAUUGUGGAGCGAGUGGCCCGGGAGCGCCUAGGCCACCACCUGCAGGGCCUGCGGGCUGCCUUCCUGGGUUGCCUGACCGAUGUGAGGCAGGCAUUGGCUGCACCUCGUCUGGCUGGAAAGGAAGGCCCAGGCCUGGCGGAGUUGCUGGCCAAUGUGGCCAGUUCCAUCCUGAGCCACAUCAAAGCCUCCCUGGCAGCUGUGCACCUCUUCACCGCCAAGGAGGUGUCUUUCUCCAACAAGCCUUACUUCCGGGGCGAGUUCUGCAGCCAAGGUGUUCGUGAGGGCCUCAUCGUGGGCUUCAUCCGCUCCAUGUGCCAGACAGCUCAGAGCUUUUGUGACAGCCCUGGGGAGAAGGGGGGUGCCACACCGCCUGCUCUGCUCCUGCUACUCUCCCGCCUUUGCUUGGACUAUGAGACAGCCACCAUCUCCUACAUCCUCACCCUCACCGAUGAACAGUUUCUCGUGCAGGACCAGUCUCCAGUGACACCUGUAAGCACACUGUGUGCAGAGGCCAGGGAGACAGCACGGCGGUUAUUGACCCACUAUGUGAAGGUGCAGGGCCUGGUCAUAUCACAGAUGCUGCGCAAGAGUGUCGAGACACGGGACUGGCUCAGUACCCUGGAGCCCCGGAAUGUGCGUGCUGUCAUGAAGCGGGUGGUGGAGGACACGACGGCUAUUGACGUGCAGGUGGGUCUUCUGUAUGAAGAGGGUGUCCGCAAGGCUCAGAGCAGUGACUCCAGCAAAAGGACCUUCUCUGUGUAUAGCAGCUCUCGCCAGCAGGGCCGCUAUGCACCCAGCUAUACACCCAGUGCCCCAAUGGACACUAAUCUCUUGAGCAACAUCCAGAAACUGUUCUCUGAACGUAUUGAUGUGUUCAGCCCCGUGGAGUUCAACAAGGUCUCGGUGCUGACUGGCAUCAUCAAGAUCAGCCUGAAGACGCUGCUGGAGUGUGUGCGGUUGCGCACCUUUGGUCGCUUCGGCUUGCAGCAGGUGCAGGUGGACUGUCACUUCCUGCAGCUCUACCUGUGGCGCUUCGUGGCGGACGAGGAGCUUGUGCACCUGCUGUUGGAUGAAGUGGUGGCCUCAGCUGCCCUGCGCUGCCCAGACCCAGUGCCCAUGGAACCCAGUGUUGUCGAGGUCAUCUGCGAGCGUGGCUAGGCCAGCCGCUGCCAUGCACGCACCCGCUUGCGCCGUUGGUCGCCCCAGCCUCCCCAUCCCCUGGUCUCCCGCCCGCUGGCCUUUCCCCUCCGGCCUCCAGACCCGCCAAUAAAGACGUGUUGUUCUCUUC